ACAGUGUGGACGUUGUGUUACGGAGAGGCUAUCCCAUGCUCUACAACCCAGACGGCUGUCCCAAACAACCCCUGACCUCCUCCUCCUCCUCUCCUCUGGAACCCCUCAGCGCUGCAGCCACUCCUCCCUCCACAGCCACUGCCCAGUCCCCUUCCUGUCCCAGCCCUGCCGAGACCACCCACGCCAACGCCCCCGGCCUGGCUAACCUUAAUCGGACCCUAUCCCAUCACAACGGCAACUAUCUGAGAGUGGUGGGAAACUCGGGAUCAGGGCUGGACGCUAAUGGAAACGCGACAGGACUGGUCUUGGCACCACCCGCCUACCCGCUGUCUAACGGUACCCCGGGCUCUUCUGCCAGCUCAGCCUGUUCCCCCUCUUCCUCUCACAGUAGGGGCAUCCCCCCCUCCUCCCCCUCCUGAAUCAACCUCCGCUUCCACCAGCCAGAGUGACUCAGAGGCCUUGGGUGGAUGGACACAAAGAUGGUCUCUGAUGCGCUACGGUGGUAACUCCCUCACCACCUCCUCCUCCUCCAUGGUCCACCAUCAGAGUGACCUGUCCACCUCCACCCUGCCCAUCUCCCUCUCCAAGCUUCCCCUGUCCCAGCCGGAGGUGGGCACCGCCACCUCUCCUGGUGCGCCAUGCCAACGGCCUCCCAUGCCCCAGACGUCCCUCAUGGCCAGCCCGCCUACGGAGGUCCCCCCUUGCGGCUUCAACGGCUGCCCUGCCAGCUCCCACCCCCGUAGGGGCCACAGCCCGACCAGCGAGGGUGUACCUGUAAGGUCUGGAGGAGGGGAGCUGCUCCCUGUGCCCCUUGGGAGGAGUGAGGGGGGUGGGAUGGGGUUCAGUGUGACGGCGGGGGGGAAAGGAGGGCAGCUGGCCCUGGUGAAGAGAGUGUGGGACAGAAGGCAGUGCUCCUCCCUGCAGCCAGGGGAUGCUAUAGUGAAGAUCGAUGGAGCUGACGUGCAGAGUCUCAGCUUCGCUCAGGUGCAGAGGGUCCUUCAGGAACAUAUCAAGCAGGGAGAAGUAACGCUGUUGGUUUACAGAGGAGGGUCUUUCCUCUCUCCCGUCUCCCCUAACCUCUACAAACCCUUCCCCUCUCCGCUUGGCCCCUCUUCCCCCUCUCACGGCCUCCCCUCCCCAUCCGACUUGCCUUCCACCUCAGAUGCCUUGGUGCCCCUGCACCUCCCCCCCAGCAACAGUGGCCUCGCCCCAGCCUCACCCUCCACUGAACUCCCCUCCUUGGUCCAGAGUACCUCCUUCCUGGACUCAGUCCCGGUAACCAUCACCCUGGAGCCCAGGGACUGGCUGGGGAUGGAGGAAGGUGGUGGCCCUGGGCCUCCAGCCAUGCCCCCUGGAGGUGGGGGAAGAGGGAGGGUGGGGCUGGGGGCCAUGGCCAAGGGCCCGGUGGACGGUACAGGGGGAAGGGCCCGGGUGUCAGUCAUGGGUCAGGAGGUGGAGCUACAGAGACGGCCAGGGGAGGGGUUUGGCUUUGUCAUCGCCUCACAGGACCUCGCCAAUGGGGCCUCGCCAAUGCUGUCCCACAGGUUUGUGACGGUGCGUCGGGGCAGCCCUGCAGCCCGGUCAGGUCAGAUCCAGCCGGGUGACCAGCUAGAGGCAGUGGAGGGGAGGUCCGUUGUCACCCUGCCUCACAGAGACCUGUCACAGAUAAUGAGACGGGCUGGAAACACACUCAGACUCACCAUCAUACCAAGACUUAACACCAACUCCUCUAAUCUGUCAGAAGGCCCAGAGUUAGAGGCUGACGGCAGGACGAGGAAAAGCCACAGACGAAGGCCCAAGGUGAGGCUUCAGCAGGACCAGCGUUACUAUAGUGUAGACCUAGAGAGAGGUCCUACAGGUUUUGGCUUCAGUCUGCGGGGGGGCAGUGAAUACAACAUGGACCUGUAUGUCCUGGGACUGAUGGAGGGAGGACCUGCCUCACGCAGCCACAAGAUACAGGUGAGUGACCAGCUGGUGGAGAUAAAUGGUGACAGUACAACAGGAAUGACCCACAGCCAGGCCGUGGAGCAGAUAAGAAGAGGAGGACAUCGUAUACACCUGGUACUGAAGAAAGGAAACGGAUACGUCCCAGACUAUGACCAUGAUCCCAGAUCAGUCUCCUUCUCUCUCUACCCAGAGGAUGCGGGUGUGGCUGCAGUAGAUAAGACGCGCUCUCUGCCAAGGAAGAGCGAAAGGGUGAAUAGAGGAGAGGAGAGGCAGAGUAAAGGAGGUAGUCUGGGGGGAACGAGGAGCAGAGGAGGAGCGCGAGAUACUCCUGACACAGACCUGGAUUGGCCCGAGGAGGAGGGUCAGGUGGUCAGCCACAGAGGUCAGAGUUUAGGGGAUAAGGACAACGGGAAACGCACCCAGAGUUUACCCAAGAACAGACAGGAAGUGGAGGAAGAGGAGGAGGAGGUGAGGCCCAGCGAGGCCAAACAGAGGUCAAAACAGCAGAGGAUCAGGGAAAUGCAGAGUAAGAGGAAGAAGAACAGGAGAGAGAGGGGAGAUGAAACAGAGGAGUUUCCCAUCAGAAACACAAGUGAAGGUAAGAGAGAAGGGGGGAGGAGGGAGAGAGAGAGGAAGACGGAGGUGGAGGAUUCUGGACCAGCAGAGAGAGUUCCCUUCUCCUUCCUCAAGCCACUGCAGGAUGGAGAGGCUGAGCUGUCUAAUGCAGAGUCGGGGGUAACAGGGACCUACGGAGACAGCUUCUCUGACCAGGUCAGCCUGUCUGCAGCUAGCGUCUUCAGUUCCACCGCCCAAGACCCCAGGGACCAGAGAGGAGACCCCUGGAGCACCCAGUCAUGGCUCCGGGCCAACCAUGCAUCCCACACCCCAGGCCCCUGGAGCAGCACACAGCCACAGAGGGCCACCUACAACAGUCUCUGGAUUAAACCUGACCUGCAGAUGUCUCAGGUUUUGGUGGGACACAGACUGACAGGAAACAGGCUGAGAGGAUGUCUUGACCUAUAGAUGAUAGAUAAUCCUUGGUUAUUCUUGGUUUCCUGGAUUAUUUCCUCGUAAUUUACCUCGUAAUUUACCUCUUGUCUGGGACACUUGCCUGACCACUGCACCACCCAAUCCCCUGUUAACCCACCUCUUGACUAGGACCUAUCAUCAUACUCUAUGACUCUAUCUACCUAACACCAUUGCCUAUAGAAGUCCACUAUCACUUUGGAUCUAUAUCAUAAUGAAUGGUAUUAUCUUCAACAUAAUCAUUGUCAUCACAACUUUUUUUAUAAUGGAUAUGCAAGUAACAACAACAUCAAACAUCUCUCUGCAAACCAGACAACAACUACAUCAAACAUCUCCUCAUAUCAACCCUCUCUACAAACCAGACAGCAGCUACAUCAACCCAAUCUACAAACCAGACAGCAGCUACAUCAACCCUCUCUACAAACCAGACAGCAGCUACAUCAACCCUCUCUACAAACCAGACAGCAGCUACAUCAAUCCUCUCUACAAACCAGACAGCAGCUACAUCAAACAUCUCA